AUGACUGAAAUCGUUGACCAGCAGAACGCCGGCCAGCAGCAGCAACAACAACAACAACAACAGCAACAGCAACAAUCAGCUACCAUCACUUUUGCUGAUCAUGCUGUGCAAGAAGGAAAGAAGCAGGCAGAUGGUGUUCAAAAGCCAUUGACACGAUCUUCGACCAUGCAAAGUACUGCAACCGACGGCAAAUCAGUCCGUAGUAUGCUCAUGCGUAAAGUGGGUCUCAUGAAGCGUCGUCAGAAGAUUGAACGAGUCGAAGGUCCACCCUAUCACACAAUGGACCUCGAAACAGUAUCUCGACUUCUCAAAUCAGAUUUUGAAAUGGGUAUUCAUGAUAACGAAAUCGAAACUCGUCGCAAGGAAAACGGCUUCAACGAAUUGCAAGGCAGCGGUGGUAUCAACCCUGUCAAGCUUUUCAUCAAGCAGUUCAUCAAUUUAUUGGUGAUGAUUCUGCUUAUCGCGGCUAUUGUAUCGUUCGUCUAUCACGAUUGGAUUGAAGCUGGUGUCAUCACCUUCAUCAUGUUCUUGAACGCCGUAAUUGGUUUCUUGCAAGAAUACAAUGCUGAAAAGACUAUGGAAUCGCUACGAAAGAUGGCUUCGCCUACCAGUUUGGUUAUUCGAUCCGGACAUGAAAAGCAUAUUCCCACUCGCGAACUUUUACCUGGCGAUGUCAUUGUCCUCAAGAGCGGUGAUGUCGUUGGUGCCGACUGUCGUGUUAUUGAAUCAUUCAAUAUGGAUGUUGACGAAGCACUAUUGACUGGUGAAUCCGUCCCUGUAAACAAGGUUAAUGACACCCUUCAAACCGCUGAUGUGCCUUUGGGUGAUCGUGUGAACAUGGGUUACUCCAGCACCACUUUGGCUAAAGGCCGUGGUAAAGCUAUGAUUACCGCUAUUUCCAUGGAUACCGAAAUUGGCAAGAUCGCACAGCGUCUUAUGGAUAGUGACGAUAACUCACGCACGCCCCUUCAACGCUCCAUCGACCACUUGGCAUUGUUCUUGUUUGGUUUCGCUGUUCUUGUCGUCAUUGUCAUUUUCGCCACCACGAAAUUCGAAAUCGGCGACUCUGAAAUUCUUUAUGCCAUCACUACUGCCAUUGCCGCCGUUCCCGAAGGCUUGCUUGCCGUUUUGACCUUGACCCAGGCAUUUGGUGUCAACGCCAUGGCCAAAUCCAACGCCCUCGUCCGUCGUCUCGUCUCGCUCGAACUGCUUGGCUCUGUCACCAACAUCUGUUCUGACAAGACUGGUACCUUGACCCAAUCCAAAAUGGUGCUUACUCGGUUAUGGCAACCCUCUACAGGAUUUUAUUCAGUCGAAGGUCUUGGUUUCGAUGUGCAUGGUGAUGUGACUAACGAAGAGACGAAGGAAUCGAUCAACAAGGAUACCAACAUGACGCCCCACAUGCGUCAGUUUGUUCAAACCGCUGCCCUCUGUAACAUGAGUGAGGUGAAGAAGGAUGAAGAAGGCGAAAUCUCGGUUAUGGGUGACCCUACGGAAAUUGCCAUGCAAGUCUUUGCCCACAAGCUUCAAAUGGGUAAACCCGCGUUGCAGCAAGAUGGUUGGAAAUUGGUUGCCGAAUAUCCGUUUGAUUCUAGCAUCAAGCGCAUGAGCGUAUUGACCCAGGGUCCUGAUGGCACCUAUGUCGCUUAUGGUAAAGGUGCUACCGAACGUGUCUUGCCUAUCUGUGCCGGUAUCAAGAACGGUGAUGAAAUUCAGUACAUGAGUGUUGAUGAAAUGCAAGAUCUGAUUCUUCCUCAAGUCGAAGCAUUGGCCCGUGGCGGUCUUCGUGUGCUUACCUUGACGACCCGUGUUAUCAAGGCUGAAGGUCCUGUUAACCAUGAAACGUUCAAGCGCGAACAGAUUGAAGAAGAAAUGAUCUUUUUGGGUUUGGUCGGUAUCUAUGAUCCUCCCCGUGUCGAAUCCAAGAUUGCUGUCGAAAGAUGCCACGAAGCUGGUAUUCUUGUUCACAUGCUUACUGGUGAUCACAUUGCCACCGCCACCGCCAUCGCCCGUGAAGUUUCCAUCAUCCCCUCUGACUAUGGAUUGACUGAAAAACCAGUUGAGAAGGAACUCGUCAUGUCUGCUCAAAAGUUCGACAAGCUUACCGAAGAACAAGUCGACGCUUUGGAAGAGCUCCCCUUGGUGAUUGCCCGUUGUUCACCUGAAACCAAGGUGAAGAUGAUUGAAGCAUUACAUCGUCGCAAGAAGAUCUCUGGUAUGACUGGUGAUGGUGUCAACGACUCGCCCAGUUUGAAAGAAUCCGAUGUUGGUAUCGCCAUGGGUGAAACUGGCUCGGAUGUCGCCAAGCAAGCUUCGGAUAUCAUUCUCGUCGAUGACAACUUUGCCACCAUUGUCUCUGCCAUUGAAGAAGGUCGUCGUGUCUUUGCCAACAUUUGCCGCUUCUGUGUCCAUUUGAUUACUGGCAACGUUAGUCUUUCUAUCAUGUUGAUUGCUGGUCUCGGUUUCCAAGGCGCUGACAACAAGUCUGUCUUCCCCAUGGCGCCUCUUCAGAUUUUGUUCGCAAACUGCUUGACUACUACUCCACCUGCCAUUGCUCUUGGUCUUGAACCUGUUAACCCAUUGCAGAUGCAGGUUCCUCCCCGUAAACGUGAACACGGCUUGUUCCGUGCCUCCAACUUGUGUGAUAUGUUCGCUUACGGCAUUAUAAUUGCCAUCAUUGGCUUGUGCAACUUUUCCGUCUCCAUGUAUGCCUAUGCCGGUGGCGACUUUGGUAGUGACUGUAACAAGUAUUACAACGAUACGUGUCAUUAUACAUUCCGUGGUCGUGGUGCACUCUUCGUUACUUCAUGCUGUGUUCUCAUGUUGCACAGCUUUACUUGCCGUGACCUCCUCAACCCUGUGUGGAUCCCAUCUUACUUUGCAGGCGAACGUAGAUGGUACUUGGCUUGGGUCCCUCGCGCUUUCACAUGCAAGCAGAACCGGUAUCUCUACUAUGCUUUGGCUUUUACCCUCGCCUUGUUGAUCAUCACCGUCUACGUCCCCGUCUUGGCUGAAAGUGUGUUCAAGCAACAUUACAUUACUUGGGAAUGGGGUAUGGUCGCUGCAUCCUGUCUCGUCUACAUGUGCUUUGCCGAGAUCUACAAGUACUUCAAACGCAAGAUCGUGCCUCCAUUCUAA